CAGAAAAGACACUGCUAAGCAGUUUCUUGCUACAAGACCUCUUCAAAAGCAUGUCUUCUGGGAAAUAAACCAACAAACAUGAUCGUCGUGCUCUUGCCUCUGCUUCUCGUUGGAUCUGUCUCAGGAUAUGACGUCGGUAAGGAGUACUUGUACACGUACGAUGGAACACUUGAGGUUACCCAAGCUGAUGCCCCAUCUGUUGGACUCGCCUUCAAAAGUAAAGUCUUAGUCCAGCCAAAAGAUGUGCAUGUGCACUUAAAGAUAGUAGACUUCGUGUUCGAUACUGUCAGAACAGACGAAUUCGCGAGGCAUCAUUUUUCCUACCAUUCUUCACCGGCCUUAGAACGUGACCUUGAAAAAGUAUUCGCCGUAAGGUUCACCGACGACAAGUUUGAAAACAUCGAGUUCGAUAAGAGCGACAGUCUCUUAUCGAGAAACAUAAAGCGAGCACUAGCAAGUCUUCUUCAAGUGGACCUCAGUCACGGAAGGAGCGACGAUAUUCGAGCUUCUGAGUACAAUGUUUUCGAGGAGGGCAUCCACGGCGUUUGCGAAACGCAGUACGUCGUUUCCAAUGCCGUCGAUGGCGAUGACGCUCAAGUUUUCCUCGAUGUUACCAAAGUGAGGAACUUGCAGAACUGCUCGCACUCACCGGGGGCUUUCUACGGGAGUUUCCGCGGUCAGAAAUGCGACUCCUGCGAAUCGAAGGACAAGCAUCCUCUUAUCAUGAAUUCUGCCGUAGAAUAUCGUGUGCGUGGAAUUGCGGACCGCUUCGUAAUCGACAAAGCUCUUUCAACAGCCAGUAAGACCUAUAAUCCUUUCAACGAGGGCAAAGUGGUUGUCAUAAUCGAAAACUCUGCCCUAAGCUUAGUCGAAGUACGGGAAGCUACCACAGACACAACAAUGGCCGCCGAUACAGAUGUUCACACAUCGCUGGGAGAAGAACAGCCCGUCAGCACCACACUCCGCGUCGCUGAAGACCUUAAACGCCCAAACAACUACGUCAGCACCUUCAUAGGCGACUUCAGCAUUGAGGAGUUUCACAGAGGAUUCCAGGAGCUGGUGAACGCGGACUUCACCGAGGAGGAUUACCAAAACGCUUUGCACAGGGACAGCACUGCUUAUAAGUUCAUGAGCGCCUACUUUUUAGCCUUGGGCCUCAGUUACGAUGCAACGGACGAAUUUUAUAAAAAUUACGUCCAACAUGCACCCGAAGAGCAGAAGGACAAAACCAAACACCUGUUUCUAGACCUACUCAGCGCCACAGGUACAAACCGUCAUCUAGUAUACGGGCUGCACCUCAUCCAAGAAGGACAGCUAACCGUUGAGCAGGCCAGGCGCUUUCUGAACCGAAUCCCUUUCAACCUCAUCGAACCCAGCGAAGCCGUCCUACGUGCCAUCCUUAACGCCUAUGAGUCGGAAUUCGUAAGGGCCGACGAGCACCUCGAAGGGACGUGUCUCCUGGCUGUGGGAUCUCUGGUAGAGAGCGACUGUCAGCGGACUCAAACGGAUGAAAAGAGCGACGGUGGGCUCUGCAGGCCGGAUAUUGUGCAGCUCUUCUUCAACUAUUCCACGUCUCCUAAUGACGUGUGGGAGAAGAGCGAUUACAUGUGGGGAGUUUAUCUGGAAAACGGCGGCAAACUUGCCACCAGACAAGCUAUCCGCAAGUUGGCCCGAUUUGCCAGCCCUCGGGUCCGUUGCCCCCUGAGACGACAGCUAGCGCUGUCGGCCCUUGCUCAAGCUGGCCCCAAGCAGCCCCGACUCGUCCGCCAUGUACUCUUGCCCAUCUACGUGAAUACAAGCGAGAGUCAUCCGACACGCAUAGCAGCAUUUGUGGGGCUCGUCGCCACCAAUCCCGACCUUCACCUUCUCCGCUACAUUGCUCGAAAGAUUAUCCUCGACCCCAGCGACCAGUUAGCAUCCUACGUCACGAGCUUCUUUCGAGAGAUGGUCAAGACUAAGUAUCCAUGUUAUUCUGCUCUGGCGCGAAAGCUCAAGAACGUCGUUCCGCUCUGGAACCACGUCAGCCGCUUUGCCAAGAAACCGGAGUACACUCGAUCUCGCUUCGUCAUGACAUCCACUUACAACGAGAAGUACAACUACGGUGGGACCACCGAGGUGUCUACUGUCAUGUCCAAGGACAGCUACCUUCCGCAGUCCUUCCACUACGUAGUCAAAGACUUUUUUGCGGGAUUCUCCCAUGACGCUUUGUCGAUUACAUAUCAAGGCUGGGGGGUAGAUAGGUUCUUCGCUGGACUCGUUGCACAGCGUCCAGCCACCAGGCGAAGCCUGUGGAACUUCUUUGGCAGACGCCGGAUAGCCAGAGGUGCAGAGGAACGCCAGAGGGUCGAUGCUAGUCUACCUAUCACUCCGAGGGAUUUCAAGCCGUUUGUGGGGAGCGUCAAGUUGAAGAUUUUUGACCAUACCGUAGAGACAUGGCCCUUUGACGAGAGACUCUUGGACGUCUUGAAGGAACCUUCGAAAUUAGGCGAGAACCUUGCUGGAAGAGUCAUCAACCUCCUGCAACGAGAAGGAAAGACUACGCACUUCUACCUCACCCCUACCUUGGUUUGGCAAUUUCCCACUGAAAUGGGCUUUCCUGCCUUUCUGGAACUAAAGCAAACCAACUUCUUUCACGUCAACCGGCAACAAACGACUUUCGCGACGGAAGACGACAAACUCCAGUUGGGCCUACAAAGACACUUCCUGUACGACACCUACGCGUACAUGUACUUUGGCUUCGGACUGCAGUCUGAUCGCAUCUACCUCGGCGCCGGAUAUGAAAAGAAGCUGUCCGUCUCUCUUCCAUUGAAGUUCGAAGCGACCUACGACUUGCGGACGCACAAGUUGAGUUUGAAAAGACCGCUGCCCAUUCCUGCCGACUUGGUCAAGUAUUCCUUCAAGCCUUUCACUUCUCUCGACUAUUACAAUGCCAACUUCACUCCCAUCUACAACGAAGAAGAACUUUCUUCGCACAACAAGAACUACCUCACAGGUAGCCUCGGAUUUGGCUUUGAUGUGAAAAGUCUGUUGUUUCCUAAACGGCUCAAAGAGUCUCUGCACCAUUUCUGGCACGACUUGGACUUUCGCCAGAAGAUCUACUAUCUUGAUGCCAACCCCCAUUGGCAUCCAAGAUUCCUAAGUAUACGGGCUGUUCCAGCUGAGAAAGAUCCUACGCAUACUGUGGAGGUGGACGUCGGCUACAAGUCCUACAAGCCAGAAGACGUCGAGCGCCACAGCAACUUUUUGGAGCACGAGAACGCCCCUGUCAACACAACAUCGCAUGUCUUCAACGUGGACUUUCGGUUCAAAGGAGACAACAAGACCCGAUCCAUAAGAACAGAGUUACAAGUAACGCACACCAAGGACCUCCUCAAGCAUUGGGUCGCUUUGUACUACGACAGGUCACCGUUCCACGAGGACGAAGAGAACCAUACGAAGGUCUGCCUACGUACCGCCGCCACGUUUCCGGCGACAGAUUGGAACAGGACUGACAGGAUCGCCACGUUUUACCAGGGCUUUACCAUAAACGCGGAAGCCGAGCUCAACUACGGGACCGACUGCGUCCACGGAUCGAGGAUUUCCGCCCACGGAACGUAUGAGCACACUGAUGCAGAAGCUGAAGAAAUAAACGACAUCGUGCAUGAGACGCCAGCGAACAGGUUCGAGCCCAGCUUACUCCGGAAACUCCACGACAAGUGCCGCAUCUACCAGGAACAAGGCAUCAAGUUGAACUACUUCUGUAUCAAGUACAUGUACCACACCAGCCGUCUUGGAAAGCUCAAUUUAGACGUUGAGUACCAUAACUUCGAACCGAUACAUUGUCCGUACCUCCGUGCUGCCCUUCACCGCGGCGAGGAGCGUCCCGGCUUCUUCAGCACAGUUCUCUCCCAUAUGCAAGGGGCUGAAGGCAGGUUACACGUUCUGUCCCAAGUCCCAGCACACACAGAACCUCAUGGUACAGCAAGCGUCCUCGUCUCAACUGCCGAUGGUCACGAGUUUGUCCACGACCACGUGCCCACAUACACGCGUCUUCUGGAACCACGUGUCUUCAAAGUGCUUAGCUACACCAACCUUCAAGAGUACUCUACCAGAUACAAGCACGCGAGGUGUGACCUCCAGGGCCAGAGCGUCCGCACAUUCGACGGUGUAGUGGUCCCUCUACCGGACACGGACUGCUAUAAGCUAGUGGCCAGGGACUGUUCGCCGCACAACUCUUUCAUCGUCAUGGCUCGAACCACGAAUGUAAUCUCAUUCCCCAAGGCCCUGAAGAUGUUUAUCGCCGACGCUGUCAUCGAUAUAUUCCCCUCCGACGGAACUGAAGGGGCAGUGUUGCAAAUAAACGGAGAGACGGUUCCUUUGUCUCUCGACCAUCCGUACAGCCAUGUAUCGGACGGUGCUGAAUUAUUCUACGUCGAAGGACAAGGUCGCUUCUUUCGCAUCAACUCAAACUCUCGCGGUGUCUACGCUUUCUUCAACGCUCGACACGGCUUAUUUGUUGAGGUUGCUCCAUUCUACCGAGGCAAAGUGUGCGGCCUCUGCGGUGACUACAACUACGACAGGCAGAACGAGUUACGUGGUCCUGACAAGCGCCUCUACAAUGACACCGCAGAAUUCGCCAGGAGCUACGUCGUCCUCUCGGACGACUGUCGACUGCUUUAAAAGUCAAUAAACCAUCGCGUUGUUGAUAAAGAACAUUCCACUGUAACGACACAUAAACCAGUGAGAUAUUGUUCA